AUGGAGAUUGAAGCGCUUAGCAAUAUUUCCAUCAAGGGCAUCCUCGGAUUGCUGAUGGCGAAUGUUGACGCUGAUGGCAAAAGGGUAAUUUCGCUGGGCAUUGGCGACCCAACAGCUUAUUCUUGCUUCUGCACAACCGCCGCUUCUCAGGAAGCCGUCGUCGACGCCUUGCGCUCCACAAAAUUCAACGGCUACUCGCCCACCGCUGGCCUUCCUCAGACCAGAAAGGCACUGGCUGAAUACUUCUCCCUCGAUCUCCCUUACAAGUUGCUACCCGAGGAUGUUUACGUUACGGCUGGCUGCACGCAGGCUAUUGAGGUUGCUCUGUCGAAUUUGGCUCGUCCGGGUGCUAAUAUCCUUCUGCCGAGGCCCGGUUUUCCCAUAUAUGGAAUUUGUGCUUCGUUUAGGAAUCUUGAAGUUAGAUAUUUCGAUCUUCUUCCCGAGCAACAAUGGGAGGUCGAUCUCAGUGCAUUGGAAAAGCUAGCCGAUGACAACACUGUGGCUAUGGUUGUCAUUAAUCCCGGAAAUCCGUGUGGGAAUGUGUAUUCGUAUCGACAUUUGAAAGAGAUUGCUGAAACUGCAAAGAAACUCGGCAUUGUUGUGAUUGCGGAUGAAGUUUACGGGCAUCUUGCUUUUGGGGCAAACCCUUUUGUGCCGAUGGGAGUUUUCGGGUCGUUUGUCCCCGUUAUCACUCUCGGAUCCUUGUCAAAGAGGUGGUUAGUGCCAGGCUGGCGCCUCGGUUGGCUAGUCAUAAAUGAUGUCGAUGGCUGUCUAAAGAGCCCAAAGUUUGUGGCAAGGCUUAAGAAAUAUUGUGACAUUAAUGGAGGUCCUGCAACCUUCAUACAGGCGGCAGUCCCAACCAUAAUCGAGCAAACGCAACAAGUUUUCUUCGGAAAAACCAUAAAUAUAUUGAGACAUGCUUCCAACAUUUGCUACGAAAAGAUUAGAGAGAUUCCUUGCAUCAGCUGUCCUUCCAAACCGGAAGGUUCCAUGGCAUUCAUGGUGAAGCUGAACGUGUCGAUGCUCAAAGAUAUUAGCAAUGAUAUCGACUUCUGUUUCAAGCUGGCAAAAGAGGAAUCGGUUAUAAUUCUUCCAGGGCUUGCUGUAGGCGUAAAAAACUGGCUACGAAUUACAUUUGCAGUUGAGCCAUCGGCUCUCGAAGAAGCUUUGGGGAGGGUGAAAACUUUCUGCCAGCGACAUUCAAGCUAG